GUGCUGAGGAUCGAACACAGGCCGCACGCAUGCCAGCAUCCUCUGAUUCUCCCCCAGCCUCAAUUUCUGUUGCUAUGGAGACUACCAAUGGGACUGAGACGUGGUAUGAGAGCCUGCAUGCUGUGCUGAAGGCCUUAAAUGCUACUCUUCACAGCAACUUGCUUUGCCGGCCAGGACCAGGACCAGGGUCAGAUAACCAGACUGAGGAGCGGCGGCUCAACCUCCCUGGCCGUGAUGACAACUCCUACAUGUAUAUUCUCUUUGUCAUGUUCCUGUUUGCUGUUACUGUGGGCAGCCUCAUCCUGGGAUACACCCGUUCUCGCAAAGUGGACAAGCGUAGUGACCCCUAUCAUGUAUACAUCAAGAAUCGUGUGUCUAUGAUCUGACACAAAGGGGCUGGGGAUGGUAGAUAUUAAGACACUUGAGGAUUGUCUUCUGGAACCUCCAGAACUCAGCUAUGGACCACAUCAGCCUUCACUGUCUAUAAAGUCAACAAGAAACAGGGCUAAGGGAGGUCGUCAAUGGGGUGUGAGAGGAGGGGCUACCAGGCCUGGGCCUUGUGGAUAAAACUUUUUCCAGGCAAAGACAGACUUUAUAUAACAGUGUGAGCCCAUGAUCAAACACAGAACAGUACAAAAAAGAUAAUGACCAAUGAUUGGUCAAGUGGCAGGAGUACUUGGGGGAUGGGGUUGUAAAGAAGGAGAAGUUGUAGCAAAGGGAAAUGAACAGGAAGAUGCUCUGGAGACAUUUUUUAAUGUGUUCUCUUCAACAACCAUGAGAUGCAGUAAUGAUUAUCCCAUAUCGUGGACAGGAAGUCUGAGUAAAUUUACUUAUUUAUGUUA